UUUGGUGGCACCUGCGCACUGCGACCAGAGGAAAGCCGCGUGAGCAGCGUAUAAGAGCCUGGGGAAGAUCUCUACUUCCUCUCAGCAAAGCAUCAGACAGACUGGAAGUCACCAACUCAAAACCACAAAUAUGAUGGAAUAAGCUGAUCUCAAAAUCAAGACCUAAGGAACCACGUAGUAAGACAGAGAUUAUUUCAAUGGAGACAACUGGACCAGUAAUGUCUCGCCAGGAUGGGAAGACAACCUGUCUGAGUUUAAGAUCAACGUCCGGUCCUCGCUAUGGCUCCAUUUCUGACCCCCCAAUACCUGAAGCCCCCCUUGUGGAGAGCAGGGGGAUCUCACCAAAGCACUCCUACAUUGCAGUGGCUGUUCUCUGCUAUGUGAACUUAAUCAACUACAUCGAUCGAUACACAAUCGCAGGAGUCCUUCUGAACAUCCAGAAAUUCUUUGAUAUCAAUGACAGUACAUCUGGACUGUUACAGACAGUUUUCAUCUUCAGUUUCAUAUUCUUGGCUCCUAUCUUUGGCUACCUUGGUGACCGAUACAACAGGAAGUUCAUCAUGAUUGGUGCACUGAUUGUGUGGCUUAUGACUGCCUUGGGCAGCUCUUUCGUCUCUGAGUCGCAGUUCUGGUUGUUGGUGUUUCUGAGAGCACUAGUUGGCACAGGAGAGGCAGGCUACUCCACCAUCGCCCCCACCAUAAUAGGGGACCUAUUCUCUGGCACCAAGAGGACCUUGAUGAUCUCGGCUUUCUACAUUUUCAUCCCUGUUGGAAGUGGUCUUGGAUACAUAAUAGGAUCCUCCGUUACGAGCGCUACAGGGGACUGGCGAUGGGCCCUUCGGCUGGUCCCCAUCUUGGGCUCCCUUGGGCUCGUGCUGCUGGUAGUCCUGUGUCCCAACCCCCCCAGAGGGGGAGCAGAUGCCCACGGAGAGAGCCCGGAAGCCCACAGCCCCUACAUGGAGGAUAUCAAGUACCUUUUGAAAAAUAAGAGUUAUGUGUGGUCCUCUCUGGGAGUGACAGCCAUGGCCUUUCUGACGGGGGCCCUGGCCUUCUGGACUCCCACCUUCCUCUCCAGAGCUCAGGUGUCUCAGGGGAUCCGACCCCCCUGCACCACGGAACCCUGCGACACCUCUGACAGUUACAUCUUUGGUGCCGUGACGGUGGUGACAGGGAUUCUCGGGGUGACCCUGGGCUCCACCCUCUCCAGGAAGCUGAGGGACAAGGUGCCCAACAUUGACCCGAUUAUCUGCGCAGUGGGCAUGCUCAGCUCCGCCCCCUGUCUCUUCACAGCCAUCAUACUAGCGCCCACAAGCAUUCCAGCCACUUAUGUGUUCAUUGGCAUUGGGGGGACUCUUAUAUCUCUGAACUGGCCUAUCCUGGCUGACAUCUUGUUGUAUGUCGUCGUGCCAACCAAGAGAGCCACAGCUGAAGCGCUUCAGAUUGUCGUCCUUCACCUUCUAGGAGAUGCAGGGAGUCCAUACCUGAUAGGCGUGGUCUCAGACGCCCUGAGCACUUACGACCCUGCCUCUGACGCGUGGAGCUUCAGGAGCCUGGAGUACAGCUUGCUGCUCUGCCCCUUCAUGGGGGUUCUGGGGGGGCUGUUCUUCCUCAUGACUGCCCUCUACAUCGCACAGGACAGGAAGGAUGCCCAGCUGCUGACUUCAGGACAGCCUCCUUCUGACACCCUCAACUCUAAGAUCCACUCAAGCCUAGAGUUAGAAGAAACAUCCCAUCCCACAUCCAACAUACCUUAAAACACAUCACAUCAAACUUCCAACAUCCCAUCAAACGUCACACAUCCAACAUCCCAUCCAACGCCCAGGGGUGAUUUGUGGAUGUGCCUAGCCAGCUGUUUAGUAGCGAGCUGCAGCCUGACCCCCAGGCUCCCCCAACGUCCCAGCCAGCACCUGCUGUCUGCUAAUGAGGACUGGGCCUGGGGCUCAAACACACACACACUUGUGCCUGAGAAGGAGGCUUCUCCUCCACCUCCACCAGGGAGUGUGUGUGUGUGUGUGUCCCGCCACCUCACCUGGGACUUCCUUCUCCUGUCAUGGUUAGGGAUAUGCAGCUCAGUUAUUGCUAUUUAUUGUGAAUGUACGUUUAUUAGUAUUGUAUUUGUAAUGUGAAGUGUUAUUUGAUGUAAAUAUGCAAUGGCAUACGUGUCUUGAUGUAUCGUUGUUCUUUUUGUACACUGUGAGCGCACGUGAAAACUUGUGCAAUUUAUAAACACUCCACUAGAUGUCACUGU